UCCGCUUGUUACUUGCUGCGUGUUCUCCGGCAGAGCAAGACGCGUUGCUUGUGUUUUCAUAUUUUCAGACGAUUCUGUUCUGAAUAUGACGCUCGCCGAAAACGGCACGACCGCUGUGAAGCCUCCGAGCUUCACCGCACCGAUCAUCCAAGACAAUCCGAUGGGAUGGGGCCCAUGCGAGAUGCCCGACCAGUUUCGUGACAUGCCGUACCAGCCAUUCAGCAAGGGCGAUCGCCUAGGCAAAAUCAGCGACUGGACCGGCGCCGCCUUCCAGGAUAAGAAGUAUGCUAGUAAAUAUGCAUCGCAAUUCGGCUCCGGCAGCCACUAUGCAUAUUACCAUGAUGAAGAUGAAAGUACCUUCCAUCUGGUGGACACGACCCGCGUGCAGAAGCCGCCGUACCAACGCGGACGUUUCCGCCAGAACCAGAAGAACAUGCGUGGCCGUGGCGGUCGUGGUGGUAGCAACUCCAGCCACGUCAUGCAACAGCUGGGCAAGGGCGUGAAGAAUCGCGACAAAGAUCGCAAAGGGAUGAAUAAGAAGUGGGGCCAGGGUCGACCGCAGAUUAAGAUCCGCGAUGCCUCCGUGACGGUGAAACCCGAUUGGGUUACCAUCGAGGAAAUGGACUUUCCGCGGCUCGGCAAGUUGUCGCUGCCUAACAUCAAGGAUGGCGAGGAUAUUGUCAAUUGUGGUGAACUUGAGUAUUAUGACAAGACGUACGAUCGCGUCAACGUCAAGAAUGAGAAAUCAUUGCAGAGUGUAAACAGGAUUUUCCAUACAGUUACUACUACUGAUGAUCCUAUCAUCCGUAAACUGUCGAAAAGUGAAGGCAAUGUUUACGCAACGGACGCUAUUCUGGCAACAAUUAUGUGUUGCACGCGUUCCAACUACUCUUGGGAUAUUGUCAUUGAAAAGAUUGGUGAUAAACUGUUCUUGGAUAAACGUGACAACACCGAGUUUGAUCUUCUGACCGUGAACGAGACAUCCGUGGAGCCCCCGCAAGACGACGGCAACUCUCUGAACUCCCCACGCAACUUGGCCCUGGAAGCCACUUUUAUCAACCAUAACUUCUCUCAACAGGUACUCCGCAGUGGCGAGAAGGAGCCGCGCUACAAGUUCGACCAACCGAACCCCUUCAAGACCGAAGACGAAGAAGGUGAAGUCGCCAGCGUGGCGUAUCGCUACCGCAAGUGGGAUCUUGGCAACGGCAUCGUCCUCGUAGCUCGCUGUGAGCACGACGCCGUCGUGCAAUCCCCCAACGGUGAGCUGCAGUAUCUCACCAUCAAGGCGCUCAACGAAUGGGACUCGAAGCUGGCGAACGGCGUCGAGUGGCGUCAGAAGCUCGACUCGCAGCGUGGUGCUGUGCUUGCAAACGAACUGCGCAACAACGCGUGCAAGUUGGCCAAGUGGACCAUUCAGGCACUGCUUGCCGGCAGCGACCAGAUCAAGUUCGGAUAUGUAUCGCGAUCGCACGUGCGCGACAACAGCAAGCAUGUCAUUUUAGGCACGCAGCAGUACAAGCCGCAUGAAUUCGCGACGCAGAUCACGCUGAAUAUGGACAAUGCCUGGGGUAUCCUGCGUUGUAUUGUUGAUAUUGUCAUGAAGCAAAAGGACGGGAAAUACUUGAUCAUGAAGGAUCCCAACAAGCCGAUGAUUCGCUUGUACGACAUUCCGGAUAAUACUUUCGAGUCGGACGGAGAGACGGAAUCCGAGGACGAGGUGGGCGAUGCGUCCGCCUUCCAGACGCUUUAUCCCUAUAACAAUACGGUUAAGCGCUAAACGCCACACUGUCGCUACAUUGAUUCGUUUUUUUAUUGUAGGUCUAUUAUAUCUACUACUCGAGUGAAGAAGAUUAAUCAAUAAAUCGAGAAAUGGA